AUGGGUAUCAUUUGUGGUAGUCUCCCCGUGAAAGGCAAGUCUAAGCUUCCUUUCUAUUGGCUUAUCCUGAAUAAAUUUGAUUUAUUUAUUUUAGCUGAGAAAGGUCUUCAAAUAUGUUGGAAACCACAAAAAAAUAUUCAAACUCAUUUUAUCGAAGUAGUUUUUAGCAAUCAAAUCAAAUCAGAUGGAGGUCCAAUACAAACCCAUAAAAUCUAUCAACAUUUAGGUAUUGCACAAGUAUUCUAUAAAAAUUCAGCCAUUUCUGAUCGAGUUGCUCUUCAUGGGCCAAUAACAUUUCAAUCAUUUACAUUUACAUCACGACUUCUACAACGAAUAGUUGAUAAGCGUCAUAUAUGUUUUUCAAAUAUACCUAUUGAAAUAAAUCAUAUUAUAUCAUAUAUUGAUACUGUUUCAAUGCCUUAUACGAAAAAUACUUUUGAAUAUUAUCAAAAUGAUAAACAAACGAUUAUUGUUGAAUAUAAUGAAGAUAUUGAGUUUUCUAAGAUUUCAUCAAAUGUUCGAAAUCAUCCUGAGUGUAAUGGAUUAAUAAUUAAUUGUAUUCAAUUGUAUCAUCCAGAAACAUUAUUAGUCGAAUAUGAUCAACAAUAUUCAGAAGAUGAUAUUAUUAAAUUGUUUGAUAAGAAAAAAAUUUUUCAUGUGAAAACUUAUUCUUAUUGUUCUUUUGUACAUUUCUACUCUCAUGAUGGUAAAUUUCGAGUAUUUUAG